UCGGCGGACGGGCGCAGCCGGCGAGCGGCGCGUGCGCGAACCUGAAGACAUGGCUGAUCCAGGGACAGAUAACCCCUCCUCUAGGUCGGAGAGUCCCAGCCAAGAAGGUGGAGGCUCAGAGGACAAAUUGCUGCUCCAUCAGAGGCUGGCCAUCAGGGAGCUCAUCGACACCGAGGACUCCUACUUGCACUUGCUCCGACUCUGUGCCUCUGACAUAAGGAGUGGGCUCCAGCAGCUGCCACAGGGAGAUCUGGAUAUCCUGUUCUCAAACAUCAAUGACAUCAUCCAGGUGAGCAGCAGAUUUCUUCGUGGGCUGCAGGAGACAGCUUCCCAGGAAGAGGAGCAAGUACAACUAAUUGGUAACUUGUUCCUGCAAUUCCACGAGGAGUUCGAGCAAGUCUAUAAGGUCUACUGUGCUAACUACGACCAGGCCCUGCUGCUGGUCAAUGCAUACAGGAAGGAGCCAGAGCUGCAGCAGGAGAUCCAGGGCAUCAUUGAGGCAGUGGUGCCACAAGCUGGACCUUCAGGUCUCAGUUUCGUACUGGUCAUCCCCUUGCAGAGGAUUACCAAGUACCCUCUGCUGCUGCAGAAGAUCCUGGAGAACACAUUGCCCAGUGCCAGUGCCUACCCUGUCCUUCAGAGGGCCACCUCUGCGCUCCAGGACGUGAACAGCAACAUCAAUGAGUACAAGAUGCGCAAGGAAGUGGCCUCAAAGUACACCAAAGUGGAGCAGCUGAGCCUCCGCGAGCGGCUGGCACGCAUCAACACCCAUACCCUGUCCAAGAAGACCACUCGGCUGAGCCACAUGCUGAAGCAGGAGGCAGGGCUGGUGCCCAGGACAGAAGACAAGGAAUUUGACGGUUUAGAGGAGAGGUUCCAGUGGGUGUUGCUGUGUGUGACUGAGCUGAAGAGCAAUAUGGCUGCUUACUUGGAGAAUCUGGAGGCUUUCCUCCGCUUCCGGCCGCAUGAAUGCGGUGUGGACAUCCCUGGGGGCCCUGCAGAGCAGUACUCCAGCCUGGCGAGAGACCUGCAACAUGAAGUCUUCAUGGAGUUUAAGCAGCGGCUAGAAGGCCUUGUGUGGCAGCCACUGUGCAGCCUGGCCAGCGUCCUGGUGGGCCCUCAGAACCUGAUCAAGAAGCGUCAGGAUAAACUUCUGGACUUUGAACGAGUGGAAGAGAAGCUGUUGGAAGCGGGCACUAUUACCUAUGAGGAGGAGGCAAGCCGGCACACUUACCAGGCACUCAACUCCCUGCUGGUGGCUGAACUGCCACAGUUGAACCAACUGGUCAUGCAAUGGCUGGGCCAGAUUGUGCGCACAUUUGUGGCCCUCCAGAAGGACCUUGCAGAUCAGGCGCUGCAGAAGGCAGAGAGCAGCAUGGCCCAGCUGCCCCACCAGCACAUCUCGGAGCCAGACUUCCGGAAGCUGCUGGAGGACACACUAGACCGGACCAGUGGCCAGCUUCACUCGUUUAGAGAGAGCUUGGAGAAAGCACUGCCCCCCACCACCCAACCACUCCUUCCAGGCUCUGAGCGCCAGAUGCAGGCUCUCCUUAGCAGGUAUGGCCCUGAGAAGCUGUACCAGGUGACAAGCAGUAUCAACGGGACUGGGACUCUGGAUUUGACACUUCUGCGGGGUCAAAUUGUAGCCCUUCUACAAAACAAGGAUACCAAAGGCAACAGAAGCCGUUGGCUGGUGGAUACCGGGGGACACCGUGGGUAUGUGCCUGCUGGGAAACUGCAGCAGUACCACGUAGUACCCAGUGAGAAGGAGCCCAGAGGGCAGGUGGGGCUGCUGGAGGACUCCGGGCUUCUAACACCAGAGCCCACCCAAGUCCCUGUUUCUGCUGCCCCAGCUGUGACCCAGGUGGUGGCAGCAUACCCCUUUGUGGCCAGGAGUAGCUAUGAAGUGAGUCUUCAGGCUGGCCAGCAUGUGAAAAUCCUUGAGGCCCAAGACAAGAAGGGGAACCCCGAAUGGAGCCUGGUGGAAGUGAAUGGACAGAGGGGAUAUGUGCCUUCUAGUUUCCUGGCCACGAUCCCAAGCCCAGCUCCAUGGGGCUGGAGUCUGCCCUCUUAGGGUACCCUCCUCGGAGCCCCUUUUGCCAAGGAAAGGCAGAGGCCUGGAGGCUGUGACCUGCAGGCAAGUGGCAAAGACAAAGGUAGGAGAGGAGUGAAGGAUAGCCAGGUGGCUGCCUGAGGAGGUGAUGGGGUCCUGCAGAGCACCUCACAUGGGUGGCAGCCAUAAUAGGCUCCAGCAGGAGCAUUCCUCAGGCCUGCAUAAAGAAGUCAUUCCAGAGCCUGGGAUUACAGAGUGAGUUCCAGGUCAGCCUGGGCUAGAGUGAGACCCUAACCUCUACCAAAAAAAAAAAAAAGAAGUCAUUCCAAGCAGGUCCCAACUGAUUAGCCAGGGCUUGCCACUGCUUGCACCUGUGCUUCCUUUCUGCCCGUGGGAGCUGGCCACCCACCACCCGGGUGGAUAUGACUUGUAUGCUGAUGGCUGGACGGGGCACUGAAGAAGCCCAGAGCUUCCUGGUUCCGUAAUUCCCUUUCUGCCGCGCUAUCAGGAGCCCUGUAGCUGACUCAUCUCUUCCUUCUUCCUGUUUAGAGUUGAGUUGUCUCUGACAGCAACAGGGAGCCCACGCACAGGGACAGCAAGGCUCUGCUCUAGAGUGGAGGUUCCUGGGUGACUCUCUACGGGGACUAGAAGUGGGUAUGACCAGCCACACUUUUGGAAUGUGUGUGGGCAAACUUGGAGGUGGUUCUAGGGAAGAGGGGGUUUUGAAGAUGGAUUAGCGGGGUGUGUGAGACUGCUGGCGGCAGAACAGCUUGCCACUGUUCUCUCUGGACUAGGAGACAACGGGACUUGGAGGCAAUUAUGGCAGAAAUCCUGUGAAGUAGGUGACUGCUGGCCUGGUGGAUGGGGGAGGUGAGAAAUGGCUUGGUUUCUUGGUUCUGGAAGGAAACCCAGUAACCUCAGGUGGCUGUGGGGCCUUGACAACUGUCAUUUUCCAUUUCACAAAUAACUUAUAGCACUACAAUGAGGAUGAUGUGAGGCUAAGGACAAUGAGGCCAUCAACAACUAGGAAGUGUGACACCAGGGUACUGUAUGAUCAGUGGAACCAGAAAGGCCUCCACCAUGAGCUGAUACAGGCUGGAAGCAGUCUUGCCACCUCGUACAUCCAACAGUGUCCUUUUCCUUAGACCCAGAGUCUUUCUUGGAGUCCUUUUUAGUAUAUUCAGCAUGGAUGAGCAAUAAAGACAUAUUCUGAGGCAUGUG